AUGCUUCGUACGGUGACUCUUGACGUCAGCGAGAGAGUAAGGGUGUCUCUGACGUACCCAGGCGCGUCCAAGGUCGUUCUGGCCAUGAAUGACGACGUUCAAUGCGCUGUCUCACAACCGAUAGUGCUGGAGUUGGAGCCCCUGCGUGCUGCUUACGAGAGCAGCAAUAGUGAAGCGAAAGGAGGACCCCCUGCCGGGGCGGGUGUUCCCCGGAUGACGGCUCCGCUGGCGACUGCGCCCCUUUUGGGUCCGUCGUUGAGGGUGGAUGAUGAACUCGAGAAUGCGAAGAUGUCCGCUGAGUCCUUUGACCAUGCCUGGUCGGUGGCGCAGGGUAGCCGAGUGAGCGCGUUGGACCUCGACUCGUUGGCGAGAGUGUGCGUGGCGGUGGUCGACAGCAGCACACAAGAGAGCGACCAAGAGGUGCAGGAGUGGUUGAGCAGAGUGCGGACAUGUCCGCGGACCGCGGGUUUGUUCGUGGCAGGGUUGGUGAAGAUCGUGUCCUCGAACUACAAAGACCUCGAAUCGCGGGUGAAGGAAUUGAUCCUGAAGCUAGUUCAGAAGCAUGAGGAGUUGUUUCGAGUGCGUUCGGAGUCGGUGAGUGAGGAGGAGGUGGAGGACCCGGUAUUCAAAAGUCGGAGGAAGCGUAAGGGUCGGAAGCGUGGUGCGGAAACAUGUUUGGAGGCAGUACCGAGUUCACAGUUGGCGCUGCCGGGUCCUUCACCACUGGCGGCGGCGAGGGCGCCGGGGGUCCGCGUUAAGAUGACGACGGACAUGAGUUGGCUGGCUGAUCCAGGUUUCGCCGAAAGCCUGGCCAAAGUGGACUUGAUGGUACAGCAAGGCCUGGGUCAGGGGGUUGAGCUGAGUCAGGGAGUGAGGUCGCUGUUAGGGGCCACUGACGCGCCACUUGAGGUGGACGAGGCGGACGAGUCCUUCUUUGGCUUUCCGGAAGUGGCGCGCUGGACGGCCGAGGCGCGCCCGAACGUUCUGAGGAACAUCGCCGCGGACCCCGUAGCUACGGCCCGCGCCGGCGCGGACUCAGCAGCUGCGAAUCUGGCCACGGUCGAGGACUUCCGGUCCAACCUUCCGGAGGAAUUCCGGCCCAACCAUGCGGAGGAAUUCCGGUCCAACCAUGCGGAGGACUUCCAGUCCAACCAUCCUGACCAAGAAAAUGCUCCGCCCAGCGUUAAUUGGGGAACAGGCUCCAAAGCCCGGCUGACCCCCUCGGCGCAGUCCGCAAGCCCACGGGGAACGGAGAGGCUGGAGGGAACGGGGCGGCUGGGAACGGAACAGACCGUCUACAUGCGGGAACGCGGGCGCGACCGGGCAGGGUACCUGACGCCGACGAUUGAUUCAGUUGCGGGGAUGCGCACACCGCCUCAGCCUCCGGCCAGCAUCACGGUGCACAUGCACGAGAGGUCGGCGGCGAGGCCGGACCUACGGAUAGAUGCGCGGCUCGGUAAGAAGCCUAGCAAAGCCCGGUCCGGGGUGGUCAAGACGUUGUGGGCCUACGGACAGGCUGCGAAACGCGACGCAGACAUUAACUACUUAGGGAACCAUCAGUCGUUCAUCCUUAGCGGGUCCUCCGUUGGAGGGUCCUCCACUGGCGGGUUCCCGACUGUAGACUCGGACUUGCAUCUGCAGAGGAAGCGUUGCAAGCAACCCGAUCAGGCACCCGUGAGGGAGAACCCGUCCUUCUGGCGGGAGAUAGCGGCCUUCCUCAAUCGCCCGCGGUCCGUAAUCGUCGACGCUUUUGUGCAGCGAGAACGACUAACACUCCAGACAAGUGUGGACGAUGUCAUCCCCCCGCUUUCGGUGAUCGAAGAAGAAGAGGAGCCGCACAGCACUUCUGGCCGCUGGCCGGCAGACCACGUGGUCCGCGACCCGGCCGCUGCAGGAGAGAGAGUCCCCGCGGUCGAACCUGGGCUGGUCGAACCUGUGCUGGUCGAACCUGACCUGGUCGAACCUGAACUGGUCGAGACUGCACUUGAGUCCAGAAUGGAGCCAGUUGCGGGCAAUGAGGAGGAGAGAACUACCGACGGCAGAUGUGAAGUUAGUACACCGUGGCAAGGUCUUGAGUGCUCCUCCGUUCCGCCGACCGAGCAUUACGAGAGACAAAGGCUGUUGUCGUCGGUAGGAUCCAAUAAAAAGGCGCAAGCUCUCAAAUCGUAA